AUGGGCAAGUCCGCAAAGGCCGCCGCCGCCGGGUCCGCGCGCAAGAGCGGCAAACGCAAGGGCUCCUCCGUCGACGACGACGCCGCGGGCUUAGCCGCCGUCGCGGCGACGAAGACGAUCAAACCCGAGGACGUCGACAUGGACGACGACGGCGACGACGACGACGACGGCGGAAAGAGCCUCGGCGAGCGCGUCCGCGCGCUGCAACGAUCGCGCUCGCCGGACGCGACGACGACGGCGACGGAUCCGACCCACGACUCUGCGGAGGCCGCCGCGAGGGUCACCGCGACGGAGCGCGCGAUCGCGGAAGCCCUCGGCGGCGGCCGCGCCGCGCCCCCGAAGGCGGACUCGCUCGCGACGCUGCUCUCGCAGGCGCUCGUCGCGGACGACCGCGUCCUGAUCGAGCGAUGCCUGAACGUCUCCGACCCGAGCACGGUGAGCAACACCGUCGCGCGGCUUCAACCGGGGACCGCGAUCAAGCUCCUGACCGCGUCGUUAGACCGCAUGCGAACGAAGCCAUCGCGCGGAGAGCAGCUCGCGCGGUGGAUGCGCACGGUGCUGUUGCACCACGCCGCGUUCAUCGCGUCCAGCGCCAAGGCGCAGCGCGCGGUGUUGGAGCUGAUGCAAACCGUCGAGGCGCACGUCGCGAUGCAACGGCCGCUCCUCGCGCUCAUGGGUCGGUUGGAUCUGUUGCUGCACAAGCAGAGGAAAGGGGGUGAGGGGGAGGACGACGACGCGGAGGACGAGGGAGCGAGAGGGCCGCUCAGCGUGUACACGGAGGGGGAGGAGGACGUCGAGGAGGUUAUCGACGCGGACGACGACGACGACGACGACGGCGCGGAGAGCCUGAGCGACGAGUGGGAGACGGACGACGGCGAAGACGACGACGACCUCGACGACGACGACGACGACGACGACGACGACAUGGAGGACUAG